AUGAAGUGGCUGAUUUUUGUAUUGUGUCUUGGAAGCGUGUCUUCCAAGGGCCUAGAUGUGAUUGACGAUAUGCCCAAAUGGCUUAGAGAAAGUGAAAAGGAAAACGAAGACAGAGGAGUUGCUAGCCUCGUUGGCAGGUCGUAUAAUCUUUGUGCCGGUGUUAAAAACAAGGCAAGCUUUAUUUCUGAAUUUUAAUCCCCAAAAUUAGGGAAGAUUCAACCUCCGGAUAAUCAUUGACAAACUGUUGGUUCUCUCCGAACUGGCAGGAUACAGUGUUAGCCGCGAUGCAGUCCAGGAAAGAACACAGCUCAUAGUGGAUGACGUAAGUUUACGGAACUUCCCUGGGAAAUAAUCGCUAAACAACUUUACAGAUUCAUAGGUUGGCCAACAGGACCAAAUAUCCGAUUCAGUUUGAUUUCGAGUGCUUCAAAAGAUCAAUUUGCUCGGUCGAUGAAGUGUACGGGCUCUCCACACUGGCAUUAAAGACUCGCCAAUUGAUUAACAACAUCAAGAUCUGGGGUAAGGCGUUUCAACGCCCAAAAAUUGAGGAUUCGGAGUAUCUGGGAUUGGAAAACGAAGCUGCUUUCUUGGAUGCGAUGGCCAGAGAAUUUCGCAGGCAGAUGUUUAGAAGGCAAUUAUUGGUCCGCCAACUCUAA